AUGCUAGCGGACACGUCUGCGGCCCACGUAACAGCUGACGUGGCACGGCACGGGAGCUGUUGGUGUUGGUCUCGUCACUUCCCUCCUUUUGUUUAUACUUCCCACCAAACAAAGGAAGAACCCGCCCCUGCUGCCUGCCUGCCUCGCGUCCUCCGGACCACCCGCCUCCACGUCACGUUCGCCGCCGCCCGCCCGCCCGCCGGAGCGCGCCGCCGACGCCCGAUGGCGGCUGCCCCUGCCGCGCACGCCUACCGCGCUUCGGCUUCGGUUGAGGCUUUUAUGCAACCGACUUACACAUGUAAUGGGACUCAGAUAAUUGCAGGCCUAACUGGUGCUCUGUGGGCGGCGUCUAGAAGGUCAUAUGCUCAUUUCUGCAACUUCCAAGCAUCAGGAAACAAUGCGCUUCUUUAUGGAAGGGAAAAUCCUCUCUCCUUGAGAUACUCUUUUCGCUUUUUGAAAGCAAGAAACAACCAUUCAUCAGCCGUUGCGCCUAAGGACUAUUGUGAAACCUACAUCCAGUUUUUGAGAGAUAAACGGAUAGUUCCUGAUUCAGACCCCCCAAGCUCUAAAGACGUGGACCUAUUAUAUCAAUUUAUUGAUAAGAGUAAAAGGCUCAUGGUAGUAACUGGAGCAGGAAUGAGCACUGAAUCUGGGAUUCCUGAUUACAGGAGUCCUAAUGGUGCAUACAGCACGGGUUUUAAACCACUUACUCAUCAGGAGUUUGUUCGCUCUAUUCAAGCCCGGAGGCGGUACUGGGCUAGGAGCUAUGCUGGAUGGAGAAGGUUUAGGAGAGCACAACCAAAUGCAGCCCAUUAUGCUCUUGCGUCUCUAGAAAGGAUUGGUCGUGUUCACUCAAUGGUUACCCAAAAUGUGGAUAGGUUGCAUCAUCGUGCUGGGAGUAAUCCACUUGAGCUGCAUGGGAGUGUAUAUGAUGUUAUUUGUUUAGAAUGUGGUACAUCCAUCAGCCGGGAAUCAUUCCAGGAGGAAGUGAAGAACCUAAACCCAAAGUGGGCUCAAGCUAUCGAUAGUUUGGAAGUAGGGCAACCAGGUUCAGACAAAAGUUUUGGAAUGCAGCAACGACCUGAUGGUGAUGUUGAGAUUGAUGAGAAGUUCUGGGAGCAAGAUUUUGAAAUUCCUAGCUGCCAUCAAUGUGGUGGAGUGCUAAAGCCUGAUGUUGUGAUGUUUGGUGAUAAUGUUCCUCAAGAGAGAGCUGAAAGCGCUAAGGAGGCUGCAAGAACCUGCGAUGCACUUCUGGUGGUUGGUUCAGCACUAAUGACAAUGUCUGCUUUUCGGCUGGCAAGGCUGGCACACGAAGCACAUGCUCCGAUAGCUGCAGUUAGCAUCGGGGAGACCAGGGCUGAUAGCAUUUUAUCACUGAAAAUCAAUGCGAGAUGUGGGGAGAUAUUACCCAGAAUACUUCAGAUGGGAAGUCUGGUGGUACCAAACAUAAGCUGAGCAUAAUCUUGCUAUCAGCUAUUAAUGCAGCAUUAUGCGGUGCCUACCAUCACCCAUAGUUAAGAUUUGGAGGACUCGGUGGUGAAGAAUAAAAGAAGAAACAUGUACAAUUAGUUGUAGAUAAUUCAACAUGGUCAAUGGCCAUCUGUGGUUGUUAUAUCCGAAUUGUUCAUACUUCAUAGGGAAUAACUAAUAGUGAUUCCUGCAAUCGAUGAUAAUUUUUCUGUAACAUGUACAUUGCAAAGCUGUUAGAUCAAAUGUGAGGACUAUAUUUGUUCAUA